GAGAACCAUCUCCAUGAUGAUGUGUAAAAACAUCCCAGAACUUCUCAGAGACUUCUUUACUUCUCUAAAAAACCUCCAACUGCCCGACUCACUUCUCGCCCUUUUAAGAACUCUUCGCCUCGUUUCACUUUCACCAACAAGACAAACAAACCAAAAAAAAAAAAAAAAACAAACAAUCUGAACUUGGAAGUUGAUCACAAAUGUCAUUGGCUCGUUUCGCUUUGAGGAAUUUGCAGCAAAGGGUGUCAUCAUCCUCGUCUUCUUUGGUGAGUCAUAAUAAUAAUGGUGGUGUUGUUGGAAGGCAAAGAUGGAGUAAUGAAUUGUUGAAGAGGUUUAUGGCAACUUCUGCUACUGGUGAGAAAAGUGAAGGGAAAGAAAUCCAAGUGACUGAAAAGAAAAAGAAGUCCAGGCUCUUUCCAAGGAGAAGAAACAGGAAGAGUCUGUGGAGGCAAAAUGACAUUCCUUCUCUUUAUGAAUUCUUUCCCUCAGGGCUGGGAAACGCACUCUUGCAGGCUACAGAAAACAUCAACAGGCUAUUCGAAAACCUGAACAUAUCGCCUUCGCAGCUGAUGGGCAGAGUUAAAGAACAGGAUGAAUGCUACAAGCUGCGGUACGACAUGCCAGGGCUGGGAAAAGAUGAUGUGAAGAUCACCAUAUAUGAUGGAGUUUUAACGAUAAAGGGAGAGCACAAGGAGGAGGAAGAAGAAGGUUCGGACGACGAGUUCUGGUCAGCCAAGAGUUAUGGCUACUAUAACACAAGCCUUUUGUUGCCUGAUGAUGCAAAGGUUGAUGAUAUCAAAGCGGAGUUGAAGGAUGGUGUGCUCAAUAUCACCAUUCCCAGGACUGAAAAACCCAAGAAAGAUGUGAAAGAGGUUGCAAUCCAUUAAUGGAGUUUAUGUUCUUGUAAAUUUUGCUGGCUGGUUUGGUUUGUUACUCUGUCGUGAUUGAAGUAAUGGAAGUUUGCUUUUGAUUUAUCAAUGA